CGCCCGUGCGCAACGUGUUCUUUUCCAUUGUUUUCCCUUCUGGGGGACCCAUAGUUUAUUUUGUUUAUUUCCGAUUCCGCGCUCGCAUCGUGUGAAAGUGCAGCUUGGCUAGACUUUUCACCGUCGCUAAUAGUUGUAAUUUGCACUAAUUACGGCGGAUAUGAACGAUUUCAAGCAGUUCGCAAAGGCGCAGGGCCUUAAGUUGGUGCCAUUUCUGGUGACCCUCGUCCUGUAUUUCUCGCUGGUGAGAAAGGAUCCCCAAGGAGAACUAUGGACCACAGUGCUCAAAUGCCUGCCGAUUGUGGCCUUGAUGUUCUAUAUGGUGGCUAAAGGAAUCACGCUCAAAAAAGAAUAUCGUCGAUCUCUUUGGAUUCUUCUGGGCCUGGUUUUCUCCUGCGGCGGUGAUGCUUUGCUCAACAUAAAUCUUUUUCCCUUUGGAAUGAUCUCCUUUGGAGUGGCGCAUGUAUUUUAUAUCAGCGCCUUUGGUUGGAAGCCCGUAAAGUGGCUAAUAGGAUUAGUUCUGUAUGUGGCGGUAUCACUUUUUGUUUACUUUGUGCACAAGAAACUGGACGAGGUUUUGAUAAUCGGAGUGCCUAUUUAUUGUUAUCUGAUAACCACAAUGCUGUGGAGAUCCCUAGCUCGAGCUGUGGCCUCCACAAACUUUCUCACCAUUUUCUGCGCCAUUGGUGCCAUUUUAUUUGUGAUCUCCGACGCCCUGAUCGCGGUCACCAUGUUCGUUGGCGUGCCCUUGCCCUUCGCCCGCCUCCAGAUCAUGAUCACCUACUACGCUGCCCAAUUUGCCAUUGGGCUGAGCACCGCGGACGACGGUCCAGCGGUUCGUCGAACUUUUCACAAGAAAAUCAAGUGAAUCCAGUGCCCAAUGCUCAACUGUUGGUAUCCCAUAGACAACAUAAACGCAACCACCAAACUUAGUACUUCCAAGCCGUCUAGAGUAAUGCCAUUUACGUGUGUUUGUUUCCCCACCCCAGUAGAUUAGUUUAACCAAAUAUUUGUUUCGAUUUUUUUGGUGGAUGUGGAAACGGAUCGAAGUAGAGUUUAAUAGAUGUUUGUUGACUUAAAAAAAUAAAUAUAUAAAUUUAGGUUCAGUA